UGCACCCAUUUGCGCCGUGCGGGGGGCGGAACCGGAAACUCCGAGCAUGUCCUUCCGCCUCCCGCAUAUCGGUCGCCAUGGCGAGCCGCGGGAGGGCUUUGAGGCUUUUUAAAUUGUUACACAGAACUCGGCAACAAGUUUUUAAGAAUGAUGCAAGAGCCCUUGAAGCUGCAAGACAAAAGAUAAAUGAAGAAUUCAGAAAAAACCAAAGUGAGACAUCUGAAGAGAAAAUAAAUGAGCUUCUGAAAAUAGCUUCAGAUGUUGAAGUGAUUCUCAGAACUUCUGUUAUUCAGGCAGUUCACACAGAUUCCGACAAAAUAUUACUCAUACCCAGGAAGGAUCUGCUACAAGACAAUAUUCCUUACUUUGAUAAACCAAUAAAAAAGCAUGAAUCCUGAGAAGACUAUGCUCUUCUCCCCCAUUAUGAUAAAACCUGGUAAUGAGAACUCUGAAAAACAGUAGUAGGUACCUGUCUUAAUUGUUUUCCAAAUUUAAAUUUUAAUGCCAAGAAAAUGUGAACUGAAAGCAGUUUUGUUUGUUAUGAUAUCUCUGUGGGCUUCUUUUGAGGAAGAUGGUGCUGUUUCCACAGAAAUUCAAGGGACGCAAUUUCCUUGAAAAAGAAAGUGUGUACAUUUAUGUACUGCUGAGUUUAUGUUACUUCAGAGAGAAGUAUCAGAUACAGAUUGUUUCCUAGCAGUCUAGAAUUCUGAGGAACUAAAUGCAAGUGAAUUGCAGCUUUUAAUCCUGAUAAUGUUAUAUACUAUUUUGAAAUAACUGAAAACCAUGCUGUAAAACUUACCAUUAAAUUUAUGUUUCACAUCAAAAGGCUUGAAUUAUUAAGUUAUCAUUAACUCUACACUAAACUAUUGUAAUGUUUGAGAAAGUUCUUUAGGCUUGUCUGAAUAAAUUAUUCAGGUGUUACAGAAA